AUGACCUGGACCCGCCUGCCGCGUGAGGACGGCAGCAGAAAACUUUUUUCCGCGGUGAAAGGUUCCGCGAAGUGGCACUGGCCGCCGGAGCAUUAUCAGGAGUCGAAAUGGUUUAUGAGGUGA